AUGUCGCAGGCGGUAGCAAGCCAAAUAUGGUGUUCGUUUUGGUGUCGAGUUCUUAUCUACAAUUUCAUAGAUUAUCGCGGUAUGAUAUGCUUUUCGCUAGUGAUUUUAUUAAUCAUAGCAUACGGUAAUAGUUUACGAUAUUACCCAUCGGCGAAGUCAGGAAAUACUGUUUACAUCGAAGUGUUCGGCGAAUCGCGGUGUAUUCACACAACCACAUUUCUUCGAGAGCAACUUCUACCAGAGUGA